GUGAAAUCUUUGUGAGGGUGGAGACAAACAAUUAUGAAUACGAAAUGGCGGUCCAAUUUUUACUGAAGUUGCUUUCGGAGAAGUCGUUAAUGUACUUGUUUAAAUGAGUCAACAUAAUUGUUGACGAUGAAUAAAACCAUUUCUUUAAGCAAUACAGUCUUCAAGUAUCGUUUCCCGCCAAAUUGGGAAACACAGGAAAUCAAGAGCCUGAAAUCUGUAAAGUUAACUGAUCGCGAUGUCGUCGUUUUUGGGGUGGUAUUUAAGUUGGAUAAACCAAGAAAAACGAGAGGAACAGACAUGAUCUUAAGCUUUUCCCUCGUAGAUCAAUCCUUUCCGGAUGAAUAUCUACCAGUUAGCUGUGUCUGUUUUCAAAAAACUACAGAAGACAUGCCUAGAAUAGACAAAGUGGGUCAGAUUGUAAAAAUGCCAAUGCGUGUAACUAAAUACGAACUACGGCCUCAAUUACGAACAUACGAUAUUGAGUCACCUUGGUUGGUGUUUGAAAGCGACAAGGAUGUGCCACCAGUCUGUUCAAAGGCUGGUAACCCGACUGUCAAGAAAGAUGAUUUAGAUAAAGUCGCAAAAUUAAAAAAUUGGAUGUCGUGUUCAUGGUGGUACUACGAAGUUGGCCGUUUUUCAAACAAAGAUGUAGGUCCAACUGAUAUCUUUGCAUCUUCUUCUGAAAUCGUAGAUGACGAAGCAACCUCGGAGACAUCAGAACGAGAUGUCGAAAUGAUUAGGGAGAAUUUAUGCCAGUGUUAUCAGGAGCCAGAAGUAAAGAUUGAAGAUAGGGAUAUAUCACUAACUGGAAAAAUUGGUAGAGUGGAUCCUCGUCAUCCUGUUCAAUUUCUCGCAGCGUUCUGUGAUCAUUGCGAAGAGCGUUUUCAAAUGAAAGAACUGUGCAUCAAGAAACUCACUGAAGUGUUUUGCCCUCGAUGUGCUAAACAUUUGUCUCUAUCACUGUUCCUUAAAAUAGAGUUUAAAGAUGACUGUGGUGUGGGUUACCAUGUUGUGUUGGCAGACGAAACUGCAAAAAUUUUCACUAAGACUGAUCCCUUUAAGUUACUCACGGAGAAAGACGAACAAGAGCGCUUGAGAAGUUUUCUUGUUUCAAAAGAGAUAAGAAAUAUGAAAUAUGACAUCUGUAUUCGAGAAUGUGGGAAAGUGAAAGGAAAGCCUGUGUACGUUCUACUUAAACUAUCAACACAGCGAAAGGUCGUAGCAACUAAAGUGAUACAGGGGAUAUAUCAUUCACUGGCAAAAUUGCUACAGCGGAUUCUCGUCAUCCUGUUCAAUUUGUCGUAGCUUUCUGUGAUCAUUGCAAAGAGCGUUAUCAGUUGAAAGAACUGACCGUCGACAACCUCACUAAAGUAUUCUGCCAUCGAUGUGCUAAGAAUUUGUCACUGUUCCUUCACAUAGAGCUUAAAGAUGACUGUGGUGUGGCUUACCAUGUUGUGUUGGCAGACGAAACUGCAAAAAUUUUCACUAAGACUGAUCCCUUUAAAUUACUCACGGAGAAAGACGAACAAGAGCGCUUGAGAAGUUUUCUUGUUUCAAAAGAGAUAAGAAAUAUGAAAUAUGACAUCUGUAUUCGAGAAUGUGGGAAAGUGAAAGGAAAGCCUGUGUACUUUCUACUUAAACUGUCAACAAAAUGGAAGGUGUAAUUUUCUGUAAAAUCAAUUUUAUUUUAUUCUAAUGAGCGUAAUGAUCGAGGGUCCGGCUGCCUGCAUGGAUACUUGGGGUUUCAAGUGGUUUAUUAAGGUCGUUAUGUACGGUAAGAAUAACAUUGUGUAAAUUAAAUAGAGGUUUUUGAUUAAAUUAAUCUAGUGCCAUAGCGCUUUACAGGUAUCAUA